AAACUAUCAUAACCUCAAACGUUAAACUGUCAUUUUUCAGAAAGUGAUUGUUGACAAAUUGAUACGAAAUUAGAGAAUUUUAGAUAUGCCCUCAAAAAAGAAAAAAUACAAUGCCAGAUUUCCCGCAGGCCGAAUUAAAAAAAUAAUGCAAACUGACGAAGAGGUUGGAAAAGUGGCACAAGCUGUACCAGUUAUAAUCUCCAGAACGUUGGAGUUAUUUGUGGAGUCGUUGCUGACGAAAUCAAUGCAAAUAACGCAGUCCCGAAAUGCAAAGACUUUAACUCCGUCCCACAUGAAGCAAUGUAUAUUAUCAGAAAGUCGUUUUGACUUUUUAAAAGACUUAGUGAAAAAUAUUCCCGAUGCAAGUGCACAAGAAGAUAACAAAAACAACUUGAUGUUUGAAGCACAACAGCUUCAGGAAUCUGAAUCAAAACAAGAGUCGCAGCCUGCAUUAACCGUGGAAGUUUCAAAACCGGAAGUACCGGCGACUUUGUACACAGAACAAAGUACGUCCACGGCAAGAACACCAGUUAUUCAAUAUGGACCUAAAGUAGCGCAAGUAGAGACGAAAAAGUUCAAUUUCUCAGUUAAUAACUUGAUUGAGCCGGCGAAGGAAGGACCCAAAGUGCGCAUUACUGUAGCAGAACCCGUACCUGUGCCGCCUUUAGUACCAACUAGGGGUGUACCCUCUAAUAGUAGUGUCCAAGAAAAUACACCACAAGUUCAUUGCGAUAACAUCCCGCCUCUUAUACCCAUUUCACACCAUUAUUACAAUCAGAAUACUGAAGACAAUUUGUGUAUUGAUGAAGAUUACGAUAAUUAAAAAUUUCCUGACAUCAGUUUUUUGUUCAAUUAAACGUAAUUCUACCUACCUGACGGCUUUACCGAUAACCUAUUUACAGUGAAAACAUACAAUUGUUAUUAAAAUGUUUUGUAUUGGGUAAAAAAAUACAUUAGUACAUUAUGUACAAUUUUAAAAAUAUUAAAGUAUUAUAAUCAAUA